GCUUUUAUAUAGGAUUAACGUGAAUUCUACAGCGAACCGUACGCGCAUAAUUUUCGUGCAUGUAACAUUUUUUAAUGUUACCCGUUGCCAAGUGCGUUGCUAACGCUGAGGGUAAUAGUAAAUAUUAUUAACUGCGUCUUAACCAAUCAGAUUUCAGUAUUUAACAUGAAAGUAUAACAAAACCACAUAACAAAUAAUCCAUGGUGUUAGGCUUGUUUUACUUAUCAAAGUCUGUCAAAUUGUAAAGUAUGAAAAAAAUCUGUGACUUUCGCGCGGCCACCGAAUUUUGAUUCUUACAUAGAAUUGAUAUUUAACUGUUCAACUUUAAAUUUUAUUAUUUAUCGAACAUAUUAUCGAUUUAUGAAAUUGAAUCAUUUCUUUACGUAAAUAGGCUUCGAAAACACGUAAAGUUUCUAAAAAAAAAAAAACAUGGGUUUAAUGUGAGAAAACAUCAAACGUCAAAAAGACAAAUUCUUCCCGUUAUAAAUUAAAAGGAAAAAAUACUUUAAAAUGACAAAGCCUUGAAAAAAUGAACUUGUAUCGAUAAAGAUCGCCCGACUUUUGAACAUACAAUAAAACAAUGGUGGUAGAAAGAUAAUGGAAAAAACUUACAUCUAUUUCCAAAGGCGGAAAAUAAAAGGAUUAACAAAUGUUAAGAACGUUAUCCAAGAUCAACUGUUGUUGUCUCAUUCAAAAAGCAGUAGUAAGUAUAAAUUAUCAUUCCUUUUGGGCUAUUCAAAAUGAAUUAAUAUUAUGCAAGUCUGUGAAAACAGCCUAAAAUUUCUACAGAUUUAAAUCUAAUACUGUGGGAUUAUCAUUGUUCGCGGGAAACUACUGUUCAUGACUUUCGUGGGUAACACGAAAUGUACAUCCCCUCGAACGUAUAUACAUUGGUUUUGUAUUAAUUUAAAUAAUAGAACUUGUUCUUAACGACAUUACGUCCCCACGAAGAAUUUGAUGUUCUCAUUUAUAAUUUACUGUUCAUUUCGUCUUCGACAUUAUUGUAAAUAUAUGGCAAUCUCUACAAAAAGUGAUUUAAAGAUAAUUUAUCUCUGCUACAAAAUGCACUUUAUUUUUGUCGGCAACGCAAAACAAUCCUAAAGUCAACUUAAACUGGAAGUGAAAAGUGUAAAGGCUCGUCUUAUUUUGCAACUUGUCAAGAUCGCUACAUUGUUCUUAGCUACUCCGGGAAUACGUGAAAAUUAGACAUAUCAACGGCAAGAUAAACAAAAUUAUGAUUUCCAUGGACAGAAUCGUUAGAUUAUUUUACUUAUUAUCAGGGGAGGGUGGUUAGUUAUUGCUUUUAUUUAUUAAUUUUUAAGUGUUUUUGGUCCUUGAGGUUAGGAUGUAUCAUGUCAGAAGUGUUUGAAGUCAAGUUAAUGGAGACACUUUGCCGGUUUAAAAUUAACACCCAAUAGAAACAUGCAUAAUAAAUUUUGAAUUCCAAAUUUGCCUAUCGUUUACUUAAGGUAGUCCUAUACUCGGCACUUAAUGGGCUCAAUCAUUAAAAGCUUAGCUUUAAAUGAUAAAUAUACAUUCUAGCAAUACAUAUACAAAAGAAAAUAUGCAUGUUUACAUUCUAGUUUGUUUGUUAUCACCUCUCAGACGGGUGUACCCCCUUGCGAAAAUUAUUGACAAUUAUAUAAUUUGCCAGACGUCCGUUUUUCCUAAAACAUAAUUACCAAUUUUGGGAAAAUUAGAACUGAACAUACAAAAUAGAGUAUAGAUAUUUAGUUAAGCCAUAUUUCAUCAAUACUUUUGCGCAAAUUUUUGUAAGUAAGUACGCUUUAUGGACCUGAUGUAUCAAAAUGAAAUACAAAAAUACGAUGCUAGUAUCGCGUUGGGCAGUUUUGUUUUACUAUUUUAUUGACUCAAACUUGAAUUCAUGGUGUUUAUUCUAUAGAUUGACAUCUUAGAAAAAAGAUUUGGUAAAAUAAAUUAUAUGUUGACGGAUUACUUUUCACGCUAUAAACUCUAAACCAAGUAGACCCUGCCGAAAAAAUCCGUAAAAAUCACAUUUUGCUACAGUUUUUUGCCUAGAUCUGUCAACAAUGUUAGAUAUCAUUUAAACAUUAAUUAAUUGACGAUUGAUUAAAUUCGAAAUAGCUUCUGUCUCUAAAUUUAUACCAGUUUUAGUAAAAGAAAAAUAAAAUUUCGGGGGCGGGGGUCAAAACAAAGAAGAUAUAAGCAUCCCUGAGAUCGUGGUUAAUAAGAAACUCCGUUUUCCAUUUUACUUUAACAGAAUCAAGUUUCUCAACAUUAACUAUUUCUAUUUCUCAUAGAAUAAAUAUAUUACCGCUCUAAUUGCUUAUUAUUGCAAUUGUUUACAACAGCGAUGUAGAGCAAAUUCAAUACCGGGUAUCUAAAACGCUUUGUGAAAGUCGAACCAAUAUUGGAAAAUCCGUAUUAUGACGUAGUGCGAUACUCGGACUACUUUAAUAUAAUAAAAAUAUUGAGUAAAUAUUUAGAUAUUAUGGUAAGUGUAUAUAAUUUAAACACUAUGAAAUACAUAAUGUUUACAACUUCAAAGUCCAUUUUGUUUAAGACUAUCAAUAAGCAAACAUGAUGCUAGAUGUUUUAAUUUUGCAAAGACGACAACAGUGAAAGGUUAAAAUUAUUUUUGUUUACAAUUGAACAUAAUAACAUCAAAGAAAUACAUGUAAAAAAUGUCUUGUCAAUGUUUGUAUAUUAAGAGAAUAAGGAUAUUUUAAAAAUAGUACAUUAUAAUGAAAACAAAAAUAACGAAAAACUAUUUUCCUAUUCAUCGAACACACCUAGUGCAAAAAAAACACAAAAACCAUUAGAACGUAGCUUCACAUAAACCCUAGAUUUGUAAAUAAAUGUGCGAGUUAUAAAUGUGUUGAUCGACAUGCAGAGUCCAAUUUGAGUCAAAGGGGUAAAUAAACACAUUAUGAACAUAGAAAUCAGCACAAAUGACAACAUGUACAUAGCAAUUUCCGCUAAUGACAGGUGACUGUAACAAGUUAUGUACAUGUAAGUAACGUACCAAACAUCAUUCAGAAUAAUUUUAUCAUCCUUUAUCCUGUAUGUGAAUGUUUUUUAUCUAUUCUCUCUUUUUCUUUCUCUUCUUAGUGUCUCUAUCCUCUCUUUCUCUGUAUUCUUUCUCUAUUAUUUCUCUUUAUCUCUCUCUUUAUCUAUCUAUCUACCUAUUUCUUAAUCUAUCUGUCUGUCUAUCUAUCUAUCUGAAUAUUAUACACUUGAACUAAAUCAGGAAAUUUGUCUGAUACAAGGAAGUUGUAAUUUGUAAUGUAUUAACAUACUUAAAACACAUAAUGUAAAAUGCACUUUCGUUUUACAUAAAACAGCAUUAUAAAAUUUCUGACUCUUGUCAAAGAUGGCAUCGUUGAAAACAAAAUGAGUCAUCUAAUUUAACUUUGGAUACAAAAUUAUUUUAAAAACCUCGACAUUUCGGGAUAAAAUUGUACAAAAUAUUUUCUUGCACAGUUCCGCUUCCUGUUGUCCUUCCUGUUGUGAAAAAAAUUGGAAACCUUGUAAUUAUACAAUAAUGUAGCUUUCGUUUAAAAUCAUCUGACCAUUCAAUUGUUUGAUACAUGCAAUGAGAAUUUAAGAUGGAAUCAGGUAUUAAAAGAGCAGAAGAGAUGUGUAGGACUCGGUCGUCUAUUGCAGCCAGAGAAAACUCUAGAUUGCGUCAUCAACAUGGCAGAGGUCCAUGUAAUAUCUUCAUUUUAGAUACAUCCUCCAGUCUCGGGGAGGAAGGUUUCAGACAAAUGAAGGAAGCGUUUACGGACAUACUUGAUGAGUAUGCAAACCAUCAAAAUAUUGACGAAAACGUAGCAGUUAUAACAUGUGGACGGCAUACAGAAUUUCAUCGUUAUUAUUCUAACCAUAACGAAGAUAUCAAACAAGCCUUUGACAAUGUUGAAAUUGGAGGGCCUUCACCAUUAACAGUUGCUAUGUACCUGUCCCUUGAAAGUUUGAAACGUGAUGUCAGUCAUUCGUACGUAAUGGGAAGUUUUCAUAUUCACCCAAGAAUAAUUCUCAUAUCAGAUGGAAGGCCAACAGAUUUCACAGAGUCGAUUUCUGAUGACUGUCCUUCAAAUGAAACGGAAAGAGAUGCGUCUCAUUUAUUAGAAAUUACAAGGCACAUAGGAAAAAAACAUCCAAUAUUUUGUAUUCCGGUAGGAAGGAAACCUGAUCUGAGAUUGUUAGAAUUCAUCAGUGCCCAGUCACGAGGAGGAAAGAUGAUCAAUUUCAGAGAAUCUAAACAAUUUGCUAAAUACUCUCUGAAUACCAAAAUUGCUUCGAACUUGUCGUUUACAAUGGAGAAUGACGGUAAUGACCGAGAGAGAAUUCUGACGUCACUUGUGUGUACAUUUCCGGAAAAAGUGUUUACCGAGAUGGACCUUAAUCACAUAUAUGAAAUUUGCUCCAAAAAGUUCUUGUACCAACCGAUAGAUGAAAACACUUUAGAAGAAAAAGAUGCUUAUGAGGAAAGAGACCCACGAAUGCCCUCCCUAGGUUCCCGAGUCAAACGUGGUCGAGACUGGAGAUAUCCUGAUCAAGAUAAGUUCGGUCCUGGAACGGUGAUAGGACAUUCCAAGAGAGAUGGAUGGUUAAACGUCGAAUGGGACACAGGCUCUAUACAUAAGUAUAGAUAUGGGUCAGCAGAUUUAAAGACGGACAAAUUUGAUGUACAGGUCUGCAACGAACCACGGAUUUUAAAUGAUGAACUGAUUGCAACAGGCUGCAAUGUCACAAGAGGUCCGGAUUGGGUUUGGAAUGACCAGGACGGUGGUACCGGAAACAUCGGAUCAGUUCUUCGUGUUGGGAGUGAUGGGAUAGUCAUUGUGCAGUGGGAAAAUGGAAGAAGAGGGACAUAUAGAUUUGGAAAUUAUGGCUUCUUUGAUCUAAAACUUUGUGAUCCAUUCUCCCCAGAAGUCACAAGGUAUCAUCUCAAGAAAGCUGCGCUGAAUUCUUCUGUUGAAACUGAAGCAUGUACGAAAGGGGAUCAGGAUUUAGCGUCAAAAUCAUCGAAUGAUAAAACUGUUGAAAUGACAAAGAAGCCUAUACUACAUGUAGCCAAGGGAAAGUAUUUCAGAAAUGACAUAGUGAGUAACAAACCAUCAGAUAUUGAUACCGAUGGGCCAACUUAUCCAUGUACAAUAAAUCAGUGGCUCUGGAAAGAUGACAACGGACAUUGGAAUCAAUAUUCGAGAGAAGUGAAUGCAAGAAUUAAUCAAUCUUACAAACGUGAUCCAAACUCAAGUGUUAUUGUUACCAUCCAGGAUCAAGCUUACAGGGUUGUGAUGGCUAAGAGUAAACAGAUAAACCUUGCGACAAGAGAGAUAACUGAAGUGAAACUGUUGAAAAACGACUCGUCUCCGUGAAAAACACGAGCAACAAUGUUUAAAACAUGUGUCUUAGUUUGAAAAAUAAACCUAUACAAUCUUAUACUAGUAACGUUAUUGUAUUCGAUGUCGUUUCUUUUGUCUUUAAUCGGACAUCCAAGAAUGAUACCUUUUAAUCACAUUAGAAGUUUCAAAACGCAAUAAGCGCCUCUGAGUACAAUAUUAUAUUGAUUUAUACAGAAAGUUGAUGUGUGUUCGGUAUUGAUAUCGAGUUA